CAUGCUACAUCCGCCACUCCUUUCAAAACUGUUAACACUCAUCUGGCGGAGCCUCUGCAUGCACCCUUUUCACCUGCCUACAUAUCAUCGCAGUGAAUCCUAACUCAGAAAAAAGUUGACUACCACAUUGCCGUUGCUGAUGUUCAGCCAAAUUCAGUGUAUUCAAGAGUGUACUGGGGACAGUCAGUGCCCGAGACUGCUGUCAAAGCCUAGUACUGUCCCCUUCAAUGAAGAACUUCCACCCACCUGGCAUGCCCCAAAAUCCCGUCUUUCGCUGUGUAUCUUCAGAACAUGCUGCUUCAUAUUCACCUGGCACAGCGAUCUGCGCUGGUUACACGGCCUCUUGAAAGAGGCAAAUCGCUGGGAAGACCAGCAUGUUCAAUAUCUAACCCUGCUCGCUCAAGUGAAUGCGGUACAAGGAUUCAUGUUUUCCACUAUGCCCUCCGCAAAUCCACUACUUCCCCGAGAUGUCUUCUACAGAUUUGGUCUAUCUUGCGCCUGUUUGGCGGAGUCGCUUGGCUUCUUGUUGUUUUGGUGUUAUCAGAAGCGCGCCACUAUAGAAGUCUUAAUUCGGGGGCGCUGGAGAAUUUUUUGGUACCUCCUGGCUUUGGCGGUCGAAGUCACUCUAACAGUAGUGCUGAAGAUUCUUACUAUCAAGUUCUUUUCUCGGCUCGACCUCGUCCAAACUUAUCUAAUUACAACAUUGGCAUUCAUUGGCGUUUGUCAUGUGGUGUCGACUCUCGGUUCACCACUGUACCACUGUGUGGCAGACUUGUGGACUAAUGCUCGGAUGACCAACAAAGGUAGGGAUGGGGAGGUAGCAACUCGUCUGGAGUCAAAAGAGAAAGGCUACAUAGAAUCUUACUAGUAGACACGCAGUUGGACGCGUGGUGCCGUCUCCGGGAGGCUCCCUUGCUCAUUGAUUACUCUUACAAAUGGUUAGUAUGAUGUAUCCCCCUAGGCACCCUUUGACGAAGGAAGUAGUCAUUCCGAAUUCUAAGCCAAGUUAAUAUAUUGACUCAUAACCAAUCCCCUUACAAUUUUCGAGUGUGAAGGGAAAAAAAGUACUAUCUGAGCCUGCACAAGAAACUAAAGUAUCUCUUCAUCAUAGCAUCUAAAUGCGAAGAACAAUCGAUCA